GCCUUGCAGUUGUGGAGGGAUCUGCUGCGCCUCCGUCAUCAACCCCGGCUUCUCAUCCACACUACAAUGAUGAGCGGGAUGAACAUGAAUUGAUUGAUUAGUAUGUUUCCACUUGGGAGCUUCAAUGAAGCGUGCAUGGUAUAUUUUGCUAUCCUUAUCGAUACUUGUUGGUAAUCUUUUAUUAGAUUUAGUUUUGUAAGUCGUUUCGGUUGACAGUAAGAGAGAUGGUUGUUCGUCUCGGGCUCUACACCCAGGAGGAGACCGAGCAGCCUGAGUUCUACGACGAUCCCUUUUGUCUUCCCACAGAUUUUGAUGCUAUAGCUUUCUGGAGGGAGCACUCAUAUGACGACAAGGAGUUCGUGAACAAGAAGAGUAAGGUGCGCUACUGGAUUCGGCCCAGCUGGAGGAUCCUAUCUUUUGUUCUUUCGACAUCCUUCUUUGGGAGGCCGUCGAACACUGAUAGGGUGUACGAGGAGGAUAUGUUUGUCUUCUGGAGCUUGCACGACCGCCAGCCGGCGAACGUGGCGGUGUACCUGGCCAGAUUCUUAUACUCCCAGUCCUAUGGGUGUAGGACGCACUUGGUGUGUGGGUUCGUGAUUACACUGCUCUUUCGCUCUCUCAAAGGGAACACACCGAUCCCACGGCCUGUGCAGUUGAUGAGGGAUUUAGAUGCCGGCAUGCUCCAGAAUGCUCACAUCCACCGGAGACUGUUUCCUAGCUCUUCUGAGAGCACUACGGCCUCUACUGGCCGCACUUCACAUUAGAUUGGAGAGUCCUCCGAUCAAUCACAGAGAUCGUCUCAGCGCCUUCCUCGUCGACGACCUACCAUAGCACAGUUGGCUCGCGCUCAGACAGAGGUAGCACCGGCAUGGGCCCAACAGCUCUUGCAGAACCAGAACACACUUAUGCAGUCCGUU